GCUAAGUAUAUAUCCUCUCCUCUCCUUUCUUUCACUCUCUACCUCCACAAAAAAAUGGGUCGCCCGCUCUUCUCGACUCUCAUCGCCCCUGCUGCUGCCGCUCCGGCUCCUGCCGUACGUGUCGCUGAGCCUGAGGAAAAACUGCCCACCUACGAACGCUGGAGCUACGUCAAUGCAUUCGACCCCGACUCAGAGGAGUUUUUCAAGGAUGACAAUGUCGUCUACGAGGCAUUCCUCACUCCAGAGGAGAUCGCAGAGCGGGAGAGCACUGUGUCGACUACUGAGACGCGCGUUGAAGUCUCGACUACCACGUCCGCAGUUCGUAGACGUUUGCUCAGCGCAGCGCAGGCCAGCGGCGUCACUGCCAUUGAAAUAGUACCUGGUGAAGACGAGCGCCCGGAAUUGCUUUCCCCGUCAGUGGAUAGCGGUAGCGACACGGCGAGCAGCGGGCGCGUGUCGCCUGCAGAGACGGACGAGCUUUUGGACACGUCAAGGACGCGACGCGACGAACUGGACGGUGAAUGGAACAGUCCAUAUCGUAUCAGUGGACUCGACAACAUACCGCCCUCACCAGCUCCCUUAUCGGAACAAUCAUUGGCGCGUUCUCUACCGUCUACGCCGACACGCGCCAGUUGGCUCGCGGAGUCGCCAGUAGUCUUUUCCCAAGGUGAUGAGCUUCCACCACCACCUGCCAGCGCUCCGAUGGACAUUCCUGCGUCUCCAAUGCCACACCCAGCGCAGGCUGUCAUGUCUCCUAUGACGCCUCCAGGCAGUGUUACUCCGCGAUUCCUUACUUGGGGAGGCUCUUCACGUCCCCGUGCGAUCGACAUGAGCCCCUCACCGACUCCCGGUGCGCCAUUCGGGUCCGCGCGUGCUUCGCGUAUGUCCGUCGCUUACAUCUCUCCACCUACGCUGCGCGUUCAGCAGUGAGCGUUGACGGUUCUCGGGCGCUAAAAAAGGGCACGGGAUCAUACCUUCAUUAUGUCUCUCUCCAGUGCUCAUUUUUCUUAUUCUCUUAUUUCUGAUGCUUUCUCCCUCAUCUGCUUAUGCGCUAAAAGUACUGAUUAGUCUGGGAUUUCUUGCUGCUGCGAGAAGUGAAUGGAAAAUGGGCUCUUUCCCUUUUAUACCUUGUUUUUUCAUUCUUCCUGCCAUACAUGGUUCUCUUGCUUUCCUUUCGUCCGCGACAUAUUUUAUUUGAUACAGCGUUAUAUGCCCUGCUAUAUGCUGGCCGAUUACUGUUACAGCGCCUGUAAUAGCGAAAAUGUAUGGAGUAAAAUUAGGUAGAAUAAGUGUAAAUU